UACAAAUCUAUUACAUUUAUUGAGGAUGAGUGAAGCGAUUUCUCCAGAAGUUAAAACUCCCGACCAGAAGAUGUCGACCCUAAAAAGGACUCCAUCUCUUAGUGCAGUCAUGAAAAGUAUGGUCGAAAUUCCAGCUUCAGGUGAAUUAUCCACACCAAAAUCAAAUCACGUGAAGACGCCGAAGAGGACUAAAUCUCAGAUAGAAAAAGAGAUAGCUCUUCUCACUAACUCAGAAAAUAUACUUGGUUUCAGGCGUCCCCUGCGACGGAAGUCUAGCAAUAGCAGCUUGAGAAGUAUCAACAGUGUCUCUUCCAUCUCCUCUAUAUCUAGUAUUGCUUCCAUUUCCGGUGGCUUCAAUUCUCUUAGAAACAAGCUUAAAGGAAAGAUGAAACGAAAACGGAAGAUGUGUGACGACGAAUGUUCUGCAAAAAACAAGAGGAAAAGACACGGAAGUAUCGGGAACAUAGCCAACUUGUCAAGUGUUACAACGGGCCGAAUGAAAUCAGUCAGUGGUACCCUGACAAGAACUAACAGUCUCAGGAUGGUUCGAUCGCCCACAGCCGAGUUUAUAAAGCCGUACUCCGGACCCGCCCUGACCCCCAGCAAGGUGCGGGAGCACAUGGUAUGGCAGAAGACAGUGGACCCUUUUGUGUUGGAGCACAUGCCCCCUGCUCUAGUGAGGAGACAGGAAGCUAUAUACGAGUUGUUGCAGGGAGAGAAGGAGCUAGUUGAGGAUCUAAGCCUUGUCCUGAAAGUGUUUAAAGUACCCAUGAAACAACUGGGUCUGAUAACAGAGGAGGAAAUAGGGUUGAUCUUUGGGAAUAUCGAGGAGCUAGUCUCAGUUCAUCAGACUAUAGUCCACAAACUUGAGGCUCUACAGAACCAGAUUGGUGUUUAUGACAGUAUAUCAGAUACGGUGACAGAAUGGAUACCAUUGUUGAACUGUUACUCCAAGUACUGCAGUAACCAGAUAUACGCCAAGGAAGUAUUCGACCAGAUAUCUCAGAAGACAGACGUUGCUGACUUCCUGGAGCGGUGCAGAGCGUCCUCUUUCUCCAGAAAGUUAGAUUUGUGGAGCUUCCUCGAUACUCCCAGACGGAGACUCCCUAAGUAUGUGUUGCUGAUAAAGAACAUAGUGAGGAUGACCCUGCCGACACACUCUGACAAAAUGGGACUACAACAAGCUAUAGAGGGCCUCCACACUGUCCUCUCUGCUGUCGACAAGGCUACUGGACAAGCCAAGUGUGACAAGUAUAAGUCGAGGUUGGUGUUCCUGCAGGAGGAGCAUGAUACAGGUGAGAUACAGUCUGCUACCUCCCUUCUCUGUGAUGGACCUCUCAAAAACAAAAACGGAACUAAAGUGCACGCUCUCCUCUUUGACACAGUAUUCCUGCUCACUAGACAGCUUCAGAAAGAAAAACUACAUUACCAGGUCUACAGAACGCCCAUCUUAGUGUCUGAUAUACAAGUAGAAGAUUUACAAGAAGUUAGAGUCGGGGGCAGCUUCAAACGGACUUUCAGCACCACAGCUGGAGAGAUCAGCAAAAACUUCUUCAGAGUAUUCGAGGGAGAGGGUCUGGGCUACACGCUAUCGGUUCAGUCCGGCACUAAGAAACAGUGGAUAGACUCCAUCCUGAACGCUAAGAAGGCUCUGUCUGCAAAGAAAAUGAUGUCACCUCGUAGUUUACCGCUCUUACCUUGUCCUGAAGUGAAUGGUUCUGAUAAUAUUGAAAGUGAUCCUAUCACCUCUGAAGAUGACGUCAGAGUACCGGGUGAUGACGUCAGAGUACCGGUUGAUGACGUCAGAGUACUGAGUACCCCAACAGCACCUGCUAGUCCGCCGCUAGAAUUCAUCACUCCUCAAGCAAAGCCGCCCCUGUCCCGAACCACUUUUGAUUAUACGCCGACUUUAGAAGGAGGGAAGAAGCUGCGGAAGACGAGCAAUGAUCAGUUCUGUGUUACACCGAGUGCUAAACUCCGCACUCCUGCCUGUGUUACACCGAGUGCUAAACUCCGCACUCCUGCCUCUAAAUGUGUUACACCGAGUGCUAAACUCCGCACUCCUGCCUCUAAAAUAUCAAACCCUGGCACUCCAACGGCCACUUCGAGUGCUGAUCGAGAGAACUGUAGGAAUGUUGCGAAUCAGAUGACGCCGUUUAGCAAUACUUCUCCGAAACUGAUGUUGCGCACUGACGAGCACGUGUUGAGACUGAUUGUAGACGACGCGCCCCCGACCAGCCCCUCACUCGCCAAAACCUCUACUGUUUGAACUGAGUUUAACCUUCAGUUAGCGGAUAUUGCUACUCAGUGAGAGGCAGUGCACAUUUUGUUGUAUGAAGGAACGUGCAUCGCUUAUAGACAAGCAGCGACAUUAGUGUUAAUUUAGAUAUUUAGGAUAGUUGGCCCUGAGUUGGCUUGCCUUGAUAUUUGAUGCAAUGAUUAUAAUUGUGUUUGAUAAUAAUGUUGUAAAUUUUCAUUGUACUAUCUGGCUUGACGUGGCCACGCUUUGCAAUUUAUUUUUAAUUUCCAGAAUUCAGACCCGGGUCAGUUCUCAUUCAGAUCAAAUUGAUCAGAAUUUUUUGGUUGUUGGGCUCAAAUUUGGUGUAAACAUGUGGAAACUUUUUCAGAAGUCAGAUUCAGAACUAACAGUCUUUACUUUGAUAACAUACUGUGGUGUAUACUUUUUUCUGUUGUUCGUAACGUUUGGACCUCGCUCUGAACUUUAAUAACAGGAUUACAUUUCUAGAGAUCUGUCAUUAAGUCAUACAAACGGAAUGAACAACCUUUCAUGCACAUAUUAUCUUGCAUGUAUUUGUAAGUUAAUGUAAUUGAUAUCAUCAUGAAAUAAUAUUUGUCCGUUUAUAAGAAUAUAUUGCAAACGCAAGAUUCUUGCGUUUGCAAAAUUCUAGUUGUAGUCGUAUUUGUUUAUAUGAUCAAUGAUGUUCAAUGCAUGACUUAUAUUUGUCUCCUGUACAUAACAGUUGAAACGAAGAUUAAGUUAAUGAUGCAAUUAUCUUCGUGUCAGAAUUUAUUGUUUUUCAACUAUUCAUAUCUUGAUAUUGCUUUUUGGAUUUAGAUAAAACCUUCAGAACGAAAUCUUUCAAACUGGAAUAGCACAUAGAUUCCCUAAUACUAUAGAAACUCUCAAGGAAUAUUCAUUUCUUCGAAUAAUUUUAAGCUGGUGCUAAAAUAGCCUACAAAACUAAGAAUAUUAGAAUGUUUGAUAUAGUUGGAUAGAUUCUAACUAAUAGCUCACUUUCGUAGAGAUUGUAUGUUGUAUGACUUUAAAAGGGUUAUACUUAUUGUUUAUAUAAUGCAGUGAAAUAUUACUCGUUUAGCUAAGACUGCAGCAUAUCACGAAGGGACAUUUUUCGUCUCAAUUGAACCUACUUUCUUUAAAUUAUCGGUAUUCCACAAUUACUAAAUCACAAAUUUGUUAAAAAUAAACUGUUUUAUUUGU